AUGUCUAUUCUAGUGAAACGACGCCGAGGUCGUCCUAGGCUUCACGAGUCGAAGGUCAUAAAAAACUUUGAUAGUGCUCUGAUAGAAGAAGUGAAGAAGUUCCCAGUUCUAUAUGAUCGUGAGAAUCCGAAUUAUCGCAAUAAAGCAGAGGCUAAUCGCUACUGGCGGCGGGUGGCCAUAAAGUUGAAUACUUCUGAGAGUGUUGUCAAGAACCGGUUGUUUCAACUGCGAAAUCGUUACAACGUAGAGAAACGACGUAUGGAAUUGAAUCCGGAAAGUUAUGAUGGUGAAUCCAACUGGCCCUUAUACAAGAAUAUAUCGUUUUUGGUUGAAUUUGGACAAGCACGUCAUCGACAUUUGAUGUCACAGACUGCAGCUGUAUCCUCAAGUGAGGAAGAUUGCAAUGCAGAUGACGAAGAAAAGAAUGAAUGCUACACCAACGAUUUACAUUUAAUACAGAAUUCAGAGAAGCCCAAAGAUGCAGAUAUAGUAAAUCAACUACAAUAUAACGAUAAUAAUUGCAUAGAUCGCGAAGAACUCUACAAUAAAAAGUUUAGAGCAUUUGGCGAGUUCUUGGCAUCAUCACUCAUAGAAAUGAGUGAAAUGCAGGCUUUGCACUUGGUUAAGAAAUUCACAACGGACUUGGUCGAGUAUUCAAAAUUGGGCGAUAUCAAUAAAUUAAAUAAAAAUGUGCAUCACUUAAAUAAUGGCGAUGAAUGUUUAUUAGAUUAAAUAAAACCAAAUAUAGCAUG